ACAAAGUGGGAAAAGGUCUGCUUACCACGAGAGAAGGGCGAUAUUGAUUUUCGUAUGAUCCAUGAGUUUAGCCUGGCUUUACUAGCAAAACAACUCUGGAGGCUAGUUCAAUACCCUGAUUCAUUGAUGGCUAGAGUAUUGAGGGGGAGAUACUACAGAAUGAGCUCGCCUUUACGGACAAUCUCUGUAAACAGUCCAUCGUAUGUAUGGACCAGAAUUUCAGCAGCACGAAAGCUAUUGCUAUUGGGAAUCAGACAGAGAAACAUUCAGGAUAUGAGGUCAGGUAUGGGAGGAUCCUUGGAUCCCUACAAUACCAGCUAGGCCGGCUCGCCCCGUAGCCCCAGUUUUACAUCCGAACAUGAGAGUCAUCAAUCUUAUUAAUCAAAAAUCGAAGGAAUGGGAUGUUGGAUUACUGGAGGACUAUGUUGCCUCUGAAGAUAUACCUUUCAUAAGGAGUUUGGCCAUAAGCUCAGCUCAUCGCCGUGACACAUUUUGUUGGAACUACACUAAGAAUGACCAGUACACGGUUAAAUCAGGAUAUUGGGUAGCUCGCAACUUAUUGAAGGCUGAGGAUGAGAAGGAAGUAUUGGAGCCCAGUGUAACAAAGCUUCAAGCCUUUGCUUGGACGAUAAAAGCCCCACAUAAGAUAUGUCAUCUUAUACGGCAAUUGAUAACAUGUCAUGUGGCAGUAACAAAGAAUUUGAUAAGGCGUAACAUAAGAUGCGAUAACUAUUGCCCACGAUGUGGUGAACCAAAAGAAUAUGCUACUCAUGAAAUUUUUGAAUGCCCACCGGCUUUACAAGUUUGGCCUUAUCAGCGAUGCAAACGAGCCCAAAUAUCUUUCUUGUCCCGAGUAUAUAUGCCAAUAUGGAUUACCUCUUCUGGACAAAGAGUAGCAUUGUCGAGCCAAAUUUAGAUAGAGAUCCUUAUCCUUGGAUAAUCUAGUACAUUUGGAAGGCAAGAAAUGAUAAACUAUUUAGGAGAAUAGACAGAGAUCCUUUGGAGUUAGUUCGCUAUGCGGAGAGUGAGUGUCAAGCCUGGUUCAAUGCAAACGAGAUGGUGUCAUCAACUCCACAAGGACAUAGUAUUGACGAACCUCAAGUCUUAAGCUUAGGUAAUAUUUGCAUGAUAGACGGGUCAUGGACUUCUACGGCACAGCUUAGCGGGUAUGGAUGGGCUUGGAUAGACAGCUUGGGAAAAGUUCAACUUAUGGGAACACGAAACUACGGAAGCACUGAGAUGGACGAUGGAGAGUAUGCUUCAGCACUCGACAUGUUAGAGCUUCAGAACGGACUGCAAGGAUUUGAUCGCCAUGAUUAAGGAGCCCGAAGCUUGGCCAAGCUUUGCAACAGAAUUGGAGAGGAUAAAGACCCUGAAGAUAUGCUUCCCGAACUUCAAGAUUACUCAUAUUCCACGAGCGCAAAAUCAGAUUUCAGACUCUUUAGCUAGGACAACAAGGUCUUUCCAUAGAGAGAUUUAUUUUAUUGGUUGUUCUAUUCCGGUCUGGUUACCCAGACCACCUCAAGUUUGAGAAAUAGAAUAGCUUUUUGUUGUGAAAAAAAAACCUAACCACUCCCUUAUAUAUUAAACUUUUAAUCUAUAAACUCUAAUCCCAAGUAUUAUUUCUGAAAAGUGAUAACCAACUUAUGGUAUUUCAAACAAUUUCUCGAAAUUAAAGAUGUUUUCUCAUAUUUAUGCCUCUGAUAAAUAUGAUCUUCAAUUUGUUUGAAAGGGAUUCCACUUUCACUCUUUCUGAAAUGCACAUGGAAUAGUGCUUCCGCAUCUUUCAUGAAUAUAUACGAACACCUCUAUUUCCGAUUCACUUUCGUAUGCUGACUCAUUUCAUCUCUUGGACGAGAUUUUGACUCUGUUCACAACACAAAUGCAGAGACUGCAUUAAGGCAAAGCAAAAUUUCGCUGGAAAAUAUGGCCUUUGAAAACAGUCAAUUUUUUUCUGAAAAAAGUACAAAACCAGCCACUUUUUCUCUUUUCGAUUGCGGCUUUAAGUGUAUAUGAAUCUCAUGACCGGCUCUGCACACAUGUUUUAAUGUAUUCGUAGUCAUGUAAAAGACACAGAAGUCGGUACAAUUUAUCAAUUAACACAUGUAAACCUCAAGUUGUUUAUUGUCGGAUUUAUAAUUACAUACAUAGAUUUUAGGGGGUCUUAAAUUUUGGGGACCAUAUAUAAAUAGUUUCAGAUUCUUAAGGGUAUGAUUAACCCCGAUCUUUUAGCUGUGGUUUUUAACUCAUGAUUUGACAUUUUUUUGUUUUUUUUUUUUUACACUUUUUGACUAAAAGGCGGUUCUUAUAUAUGUUACUUAAGAGACAGUUAUUAGUUUUUCUUAGUUAAAAAAUCUAAGAAAAACUAAGAACCAUCUCUUAGCCGAAUCUAAGAACUCCAGUUAAGAUACUAGGGUUAACAUGGUCUGGGCUCUUAAACUGUGGGACCAUAAAUAAUUUCACAAUUAUAUACGUAAAUUUCUUAACCUGUUUAUAUACAGCAAUCGAGUUCUCGCAUGAAUUACUUGUUCAUAAGGAAAUUCCAUUAGGUUUGUUCACAAAAAGAAAAGAAAAAAAAAGUGUCACCAACAAUGGCGAUCAACAUAGGUUUGAUUGAAAUCUGCACAACAUUCAUUUUCUUCCUUGUCCUCCUAGGUUUCUUACAUCACAAGAAAACGCCGAAGUAUUUGCCCACGAACUGGCCGGUCCUUGGGAUGCUUCCGGGACUGCUCGUCCAUAUCAAUCGUAUCUAUGACGCGAUCACCGAGCUUCUUGAGGCCUCCAAUAUGACGUUUUGUUUCAAAGGGCCAUGGCUUAGUGGAACUGACAUACUGAUCACUGUUGAUCCGGCGAAUAUCCGUUACAUUCUAAGUUCAAAUUUCGAUAAUUACCCCAAAGGGAUGGAGUUUAAGCAGAUCUUUGAAGUCUUGGGAGAUUCUAUUUUCAACGUUGACUCGGAGUUGUGGGAGGAUAUGAGGAACUCGUCUCAUGCCAUUUUCAGCCAUCAAGAUUUCCAAAGGUUUUGGGUGAAUACAAGCGUAAGCAAAUUGAAUCAAGGGCUUGUACCUAUUCUCGAAAACGCUGUUGAGAAAAACAUCAUCGUCGACUUGCAAGAUCUGUUCCACAGAUUCUUGUUUGAUACGUCUUCGAUUUUAAUAACCGGGUAUGAUCCAGGAUGUCUCUCCAUCGAAAUGCCUAAGGUUAAUUUCAGUGACGCUGUGGACGGUGUUGCCGAUGGGCUUUUCUACAGACAUGCCAAGCCAGUUCUGUUUUGGAAGCUCCAGUAUUGGAUUGGAGUUGGAGUAGAAAAAAGCAUGAGAAGAGGUAUCGCGGUGUUCGAUGAGAUGCUCCAGAAGAUCAUAUCAGCUAAACGAGAGGAGAUCAAAAUUCAUGGGAUUCGUGACUCAGAAGGAGAGGCCAUGGACGUUUUAACGUAUUACAUGACUAUAGACACGACCAAGUAUAAACACUUGAAACCAAGUAACGAUAAAUUCAUCAGAGACACUAUUUUGGGGGUUUUGAUAGCGGCAAAAGACACAACAAGCUCAGCUCUCUCUUGGUUCUUCUGGCUUCUCUCCAAGAACCCUGAAGCAAUGAUCAAGAUUCGACAAGAGAUUAACAACAAGAUGCCAAAGUUUAAUCCAGCAGAUUUAGACAAGCUCGUGUAUCUAGACGGUGCCGUGUGUGAGACGCUAAGGCUAUACCCAUCAGUCCCAUUUAACCAUAAGUCACCGGCAAAGCCAGACGUGCUUCCCACUGGGCAUAGAGUCGAUGACAACUGGAAGAUAGUUAUAUCUAUUUAUGCAUUGGGGAGGAUGAAAUCUGUUUGGGGAGAUGAUGCAGAAGAUUUCAGACCAGAGAGAUGGAUUUCAGACAAUGGAAUGUUGAGACAUGAACCUUCACAUAAGUUCUUGGCGUUUAGCGCUGGUCCAAGAAGUUGCUUGGGGAAAAAGUUAACGUUCUUGCAGAUAAAGACAGUGGCUGUGAAAAUCAUACAAAAAUAUGAGAUUGAGGUCGUUGAAGGUCAAAAAUCUGAACCAGUUCCUUCUGUUCUUCUUCGCAUGCAGCAUGGUCUCAAAGUUAGUGUCACAAGGAUGUAGAGAUAAUUGUUUUUGUGUUAUGAUUAAAUAAUAAUAAUAAUAAUAAUAAUAUUCUCGUUAGAAAAAAAUAAAGGUAAGUAGUUUUCAAGAUUUCAAAAAAAUAUGUAUGUAUAUGCAUGUUUAAAUUAAAUUGCAUCACUGUAAUCAUUGAUGUUAGGCACAUUCAGUUUCUUUUUAGAGAGAUGAGCGAGAAAGUUGCUCUCUAGGUACCCAGCAAGUGGGUUUAAGUGGUUU